CCAGCCCCUCCCCGCGCUCCAGCCCGCCGCUGGUCCUGCAGCCGCCGCUCGCCGCGUCCUGUCCCGUCCCCGGGCGCCCGGCUCGCCGAGGCCAUGCUGGGCAAGGACUACAUGCUGGCCAUCAUCCUGGUCAACUGCGACGAUAACCUGUGGAGUGACCAGAAUCUGGAGACAGAGCCUGACCUUCCCCCAGGAUGGAGGAAAAUUCACGACUCCUCAGGGACCUACUACUGGCAUGUGCCCACGGGCACCACGCAGUGGCAACGGCCUUCGUGCACUUCUGGCCUGGGAGGGAGCCUGGCGGCUAGUGGAGAAGCUGCAUUGCAGGAAAUGGAUCAACCAGCAGCCGCAGUAAAGCUCGCAUCCGAGGUGAGACCCGUCCCCAGUCCAGUGGCAUCGUUGCCCAGAAGGACCUUCAUGCCCUGGCAUGGGGAGGAGUUCCCUCCUGGCGCCACAGAGCCUGGCUCCAAGUGCUUCGUUGUGCGCUCCCUGGGCUGGGUGGAGAUCCCGGAGGAGGACCUAGCCCCGGGCAAGAGCAGCAUCGCGGUGAAUAACUGCAUUCAGCAGCUCUCGCAGAGCAAGUGUGAGGGUCGGGACCCCGCGGGUAGCUGGGGUGAGGGCCAGAACAUGGUGAUGAUUCUGAAGAAGGACACAAUGAGCUUGCUGGACCCUCUGGAUCAUAGCCUGAUCCACUGCCAGCCCAUCAUCAACAUCCGUGUCUGGGGGGUGGGCUGCAACAAUGGCAGGGACAGGGAUUUUGCUUUCGUGGCCAGCGACAAGGACACAUGCAUGCUGAAGUGCCAUGUCUUCCACUGCAACGUGCCUGCCAAAGCCAUCGCCAAGGCCCUGCACGAGAUGUGCUCCAAGAUUAUGGCCGAGCGGGCAGUGGUCAGCAACAGCCUCACUCGAUCCAUCACGCUGCAGCCCAUCUCGCCAGACAACUUACCGCUGCAAGUUGAUGUUCUGGACGCCGUGAGGCAGUCUAUCCAGAAGUACGAAGCCCUGUAUAUUGGCAGCUUACCGGUGCCCAAAGCCAUGGGGAUGGACAUACUGAACGAGGCCAUUGAGACCAUGAUGAGCAGCCAAGGCCGUGAGCAGUGGACCCCCUCCCUUGUCAGUGUGUCAGACUCGGUGAUGACGGUGCACCAGGCAGAGGCUGGUGAGGAAGACGCUCACAUCUUUGAGUGCCAGGUCCGCUACGUGACCUUCAUCGGUGUUGGGAAGAACGCUCACACGUUUGCUCUCAUCGUAGACAUGGGGCAGCAGCAUUUCCAGUGCAUGGCCUUCUGGUGUGAGCCGGAUGCCGGCACCAUCUCAGAGGCUGUGCAGGCUGCAUGCAUGGUUCAGUACCAGAAGUGUCUGGUGGCCUCCACCUCACGGCUGAGGCCGAAGGGCAGUUCACGCUCGGUGCUUAAGAUGAAGAGGACAGCAUCUGUGGACUCCCCAGGGUGCCCGUUCCCUUCCACGAAAAAUGGCAGCGGCGCCAGCACUCGGAAACGGGGGGUUUUCUCGUUCUUGGAAGCGUUCCGGCAGAAGCAUUCCAUGCUGCACACCCCAUAGGGCGCAGCUGGGGGGAGGGGGGGAGGCAAGGCAGCAGGCUCCUUGGCUGGCUUGUGUAAAUAGAGUAACCAGAUCUGUUGGCUCUCCCUGCAGCUAAGGCCCGACAGACCCAAAGAGGAAGUCCAUUCCUCACAGGGAAAGCCCCUGCUGGCCACAGAACCCAAUAGUCCUUUGCUUUGUAGAUAACCCCCUGGGGAGGGAGGUGGGUGUGGGGGGCUUUGGGGAAUAGCAAUGACCCAGCACAUGUAUCGUUCCAAGCAGGAAAUGUUUCUUAAUAUCCGGAGCAGCCAGCAGCGAACAUGACACGCAGGCCGAAGGCAACCACAUUCUGCCCUUGCUGGGGGUCCGGGUUGGGCAGAUGUUCCAGUCAGGGCACAGCUCCUUGGGAUUCACUUUGGAAUGGGAGCUCAACUUGAUUGUAGCUGAAGGCCAUGGGCGCUGCUGCCACCAGAACAAGAAGGGUUGGUGUAUCGCCAGGACCCAUAGAGCCAACAGAGGGAUUCUCCUCCUCAGCCCUGGCUCUUCCAAUGAACCCCUUUGAUUUUCUGACAGCAAUAUGGAGGGCAGACACAGGCCAUGGGCCUGUGUCUACUGGCUGCAGAUACGAGGAAAAGCCUUUUGCAGGCAACUGACUAACCAUCCCCCCCUGCCACGCUCUGAAAGAAUGAUCUGCUCCCUUUCCCACUUCAUUCAAUAGCUGGUAACAUGGUGCUGGGAAUGUUAGGAGGCCUGUGGGAAGGGAGGGCUCUAUUUCGCCCUCCUGCUGUGAAUUGUUUUAAUUCUAAACAAAUUCUUGCCUCCUUUGCUCUUAAAAAUAUCAGUGGCAGCAGCCCAGGUGCUUAGACACAAUCCUACCAAAACAAACCAGUGAGCACUGCUUAGUGAUCACAUGCAAACCCACAGCAACAAACUGGUGCACACAGCCCCAAUAACUAAGUGUAUGUAGCACCAGCGCUCACGGAACACCAGCACAUGCGGCCCAGCACACGGGAGCAGCCCUUCCGUAACAAGCCCAUGCCCAGGUACCGAUACCCUGGUGCCCAAGGCCUGGCACUGAUACACCAGUGCUCCAGUGAAGGACAACUCUCAUUUUAAAGGUAGGAAAAGAAAAUCAGUGUUGGGCUUCUAGUGGGUUGUUAUGACCUGGUGUGAAUUCCUACUCCUCCAGGGGUAGCCCAUGUAUGAAUUCCAACCAAGCCUAGUGGGUACCUGGCUCAGCCGUGUCCAGAGCGGGCCAGUUGGGGCUGUAAUUGUUAGGUAUAGUAUGGACCAGCUGUCCUUCCAGCUGCAAGCCAGUCACACAUUACCUGCUGGUUCCUUAAAGGGAUUGUUCUCUUGCCCAGUUUGGAAAUCACCUUAAUCUGUCUUCACGCCCAUAUUUCUUUACACUUGCCUGUCAGUUCCCCGGGGGAGCCCCCGUAUGAUAGACUAAAGUCUACCUCAGUAACACUUUCUAUAUGAUCAUUUGUGCAAAUAAAACACUAACAUGCAG